AUAUAGCUGUUGCGUCAGGCGGGGGAGGAUCCCUGGAGGUGGGUGCGCGCGCAGACAUCGCAGCAUUCAAGACGUUCAGUUGACAUGAAUGCGCAGGGAUCGAGAGAAGGCAGGGCGAAGGCCGACGAUAGUCCGCACAAUUGGCGCAAUGUCCGCUGCCUCUUCCUCCGCCUGUUCGAUGCGCACGGUUUCUCCGUUGCGGCUGCAACAUGCCAUCCAGGCGCGGUCGCUUUGCGCGACAUAGCCUGAGCUUAUUGCGAAGGUCGCUUUCGCACUGUAGUGAGGCGAGGUGUAUAAAGGCGGGGGUGCGGAGCCCGGUUACGGCAGUGAAAUCACUCUCGACCUCUCAGCCCUUGAGUCCUCUCAGAGAAUUCACUAUGAAGGCCUUCUUCGCUGCCCUCGUUGCCGCCGCGGUCACCUCAGUCACCGCGCACUACACGCUGCCCGACCUCAUCCUGAACGGCGCUGCUGCCACGGACUGGGAAUACGUCCGCCAGACGCAGAACUACGAGACCAACAUGCCGCUCACGGACGUCACCAGCGACCUGAUCCGCUGCUACGAGAACAACACGGCCUCCUCCACCUCGACCGCGACCGUCAACGCCGGUGACACGGUCGGCUUCCAGGCCAACGGCGACUUCUACCACCCCGGCUACUUUUCGGCCUACAUGUCGGCGGCGAGCCCUGAGGCCGACUCCGAGGACGCCGGCACGAGUCAGACCUGGUUUAAGAUCUGGCAGGAGACCCCGACCUUCACCGCCGGUAGCAACGGCCAGCCCGGCACCCUGACCUUCGCCCUAGAGUCCAGCGACCAGUUCACAUUCCGCAUCCCGCCGAGCCUCCCCGACGGCCAGUACCUCAUCCGCGGCGAGCAGAUCGCCCUGCACCAGGCGAGCACCUACGGCGGCGCGCAGUACUACUUGGCCUGCGCUCAGGUCAACGUCGCGAACGGCGGGAGCGGGUCCCCUACGCCGCUUGUGUCCUUCCCCGGUGCGUACACCGGCUACGAGCCCGGCAUCCUCAUCGACAUCUACGACCUCCCGAGCAACUUCACGGGAUACGAAGCUCCCGGCCCGGCGGUUUGGAACCAGUGAACGCACGGUCCGUGGCAACUUGAAGGAUGUGAGGACGGCGUGCUAUGUAUGUAAUAGCUCCGGGUGCGAGGGUAGAUGCUGUGUGUGAUAUGAGUGUUGUUGCGCCCAGCCACGGUGUGCGUUGAGCUGCUCGCGAAUUGGCUGGUAUGUUGAGGGAGUCGUCGGUGCCUGUGUGGCUUCAGUGGCCCCUUCGCGAGAAUGUGGUGAAGUUGGUGGGUGUUCGCUCGUGACAGCAGGCUCUCCACUGUAGCCCACCCCCACGCUAGUACUGUGGGGGAUGUGACCCGAUCGGUCGCUGCUAGAUUUGAGCGCGGGCGCUCCGAGCCCAUGGACACAUUUUGAGGCCAACUAAGAUCCUGCCGUGGCCGUCC